AUGGCGACAGUUUCGGAGUCGAGCGCUACGGUCGCGGGCGCCUCGUCUUCAAAAGCCGAGAAACACGCGAGGUCGCCCGUAGCAAAGAGCGAACCAGCAGCAUCCACACCAGGGGCUGGGCGCACCCUAAAACCGCGCAGUUGUGUCGUAUGUCGAAGUCGAAAAGUCCGUUGCGACAAGCAGUCGCCUUGCUCGAAUUGUCGCCGGGCAAAUAUCGCUUGCAUAGUUCCUUCAAAAGACCGUCCUCCGAGAUGGGCCCGUCGUCUCGUACCGCCGGCCCCAGAAGAUGUCAUGGAGCGAAUUCGAACGCUUGAGAAUCUCGUCAAAGAUUUGAGUGGUCAACUGGAAGAAGCAAAUGCCAGGGCCAACUCUGCUGAGGUUUCCCCUGCGGCCCAGUCUCCUGGAAGCUCCACUCACGAUCCAACGAGUACAUCUUCACCACAUUCUGAGCAUCUACAAAAGCAGUUUGGGAGACUGGUUCUUCGAGAUACUAACCAGAGCCGCUAUAUCGGUAGCGGCUUUUGGUCUCGUGUCACUGAUGAGUUGGAUGAACUGAAGAUGGCUACGGAAGGCCUGGCUCGUGAUGAAGUCGAUACCUCUGAUGAGGAGGAUUGGUCCCCUGGGAAGACUCCAUCCACACAAGAGCUUGAACGCUCUCCCGAAGAUCGAAAUGCAUUCAUGUUCCGACACAACCUGAUGAAUUUCACUCCAGACCUCCGUGACUUUCACCCGCUACCCUCACAGAUACCUUUUCUACUAGGUGUCUUCUCAGAAAACGUGAACAUGUUUCUUCAAAGUAUUCACGAACCAACUGUUACAAAAAUGAUUCGAGACCUGCGCGGUGACAUGACUGGCCUGACACCGGCCAACGAGGCCCUCAUGUUCUCGAUCUACUAUGCGGCAGUGACCUCUAUGGAAGAGGAAGACGUGAUAAAGAACUUUGGAUCUACAAAAGCCGAACUGAACCUGAAGUAUCGUCUCGGUCUUGAGCAUGCUCUCGCGAAGGCCGAUUUUCUCAACGUACCAGACCUUGUUCUCAUCCAAGCUCUUGUUAAUUUCUUGGCUCUCGCCCGUCGCCAUGACAGCCCCAGGUUUGUGUGGAUGAUGGUUGGCAUCGCGAUAAGGAUGGCAAUGUCACUAGGGCUUCAUCGAGAUGGGUCCAAUUUCGGCAAUCUCUCGCCCUUUGAGAUUGAGAUGCGCCGGCGCGUUUGGUGGGCCUUGUGCCUAUUUGAUGUCAGAGCAUCAGAGGAUCAAGGCACUGAAUUCACUAUUCCGGUUGACAGCUUCGACACAAAGCUACCACUGAAUAUCAAUAAUAGCGAUAUUCAACCCGAUUUAAAGCAGAUGCCAUCAGAACGCGAGGGGUUGACGGACAUGUCUAUCUCACGGGUUUCGAUCAAAACGUGCGAGAUCUCGAAGCGGAUGAUGGUCCAUGGACCUAAGGCACCUACCCUAGAGGAACAGGACCACAUGCUGCAGAGGAUAUACCAAGAAUUGGAUGAGGGCUUUCUACGCUACUCAACAGAGUCCAAUAUAUCGUACUGGGUUAUCGUCAACGUCGCCCGUCUCAUGAUGUCCAAGAUGACGUUAUUCAUUUACUUACCCGUGCUUUUCUCUUCUCCGAGUGAACAGUUGUCCGAGAAGCUUAGAACAAAGCUGCUUCUCGCCGCGAUUGAAGUUGCCGAAUACAACCAUGCCCUGAAUGCCGAACAGGCCUGUCGACAAUGGCGCUGGAUUUUCCAAACAUAUACCCAUUGGCAUGCAAUUAUUUACAUUUUGAUCGAGAUUCUUCGCCGACCAUGGUCUCCAGUCGUUGAGAGGGCCUGGACCGCUCUUCACAGUGUCUGGCUCAUUCCGACUCAGUCUAACAUGCGCAAAAAUUUGCGAAUGUGGUUCCCUUUGAAGAAGUUGAUGAACAAAGGGACAAAGUAUCGAGAGGCUGAACUGAACCGGUUAAGGAAUAAUACGUCCGCUGCGGAGAAAUUGCAAAUCGAGUAUUUGACGAUGACACAUCCUUCGAGUAAUGGUCAUUUUCCAACUGGGUCUAACGCCGCGGCUCUUUUCCUCGAGCAAUGGAAGCAACUGAUUCAUUUUCCGACGGAUGGGUUUCCAUUUGGAGCACAACUAGCCACUUCGUCUGUUGAGGACCAGUCAACAAUAGCUAGCUUGGGAGCACCACCUGGGGGGCUUCUAGGUGUGGAUGUGAGUUUUAACACCAUGUCGGUUCCAUAUACCCAGCUUUGGCAGGAUGGGGUUGGGACUGCUCAGAACCCAGAGGCAGCCCUCUCUACGACGUUUGAUCUUCAAUUCAAUUUGGAUAAUUUGGGAGGGGGAGCAUUCGAGUCAACAAUUCAGCCGCCCUUCCAACAGAAUACGCCUGCAUUUCCAGAUAAUCUGCUCUCUACCCAGCCCCCAAGAGAUGGUGUUGUGUCUUCGCUAUGGACUGAUGACUUUUUUGAACACGUGGACUUGGGGACACUUGAUAAUGAUAUGGAUUUGGAUAGCGAUAUAGACUGGUAUAACUGGGUGGAGUCUGCCAAGGGAAUGGAAUAG